AAAACACCGCGAAGCCUUCACUCUCACAGUACCAACGAGGGGAGUGUGUGGGGUGCUUUAUGCCCAUCUUUUGAAAAUACUUCCAUUCAGUCAGUUAUUUCAUGUUUUCAAAUUUUACGAAAAUAUUGUUUUUAAUUAAUUCUUCUCCCAGACGGCAUUAUAUGUUUUAAAUUUUUCAGUUAAAUUUAACCCAAAAAUUUAAGUUUCAAUAGUAGGUGUCACUUUUCCUGAUGAAAAUCAUGUUCAGUACAGUAUUUGCUGGAUCAGGGCCUUACUUACACACCAGUAUCUCUUUGAAAAGUGACGUGAUGGCAGAAUUCAGGAACAAUGGAAGAGAAGUUGAUAAUACUCCAGAAUGUAGUGAAACAUCAAGGUACACCCACAGAGAAGUUUCAAAAGAAGUGAAGAAAGACAAAGAUACAUGGUGUCAUCUUUUCAAAAAUAACGGCUCCAUAAAUUAUAGGAGCCAUCAACUGAAGGACAAUGAGGGCAAAAUUGUUUGCCCAGUGCUGCAAAUGUAUGUGCGCCCAAUUCGUGGGACAGCUGGAUCUGAUUCCCAUACUGAAAAUUAUUGCCCAUGGAAUGUGAAUCGUAUGGCUGUGCCACUGAUGAAUGUGCUGAAAUCUGGCAGAAAAGCAACUGGUGAUUUGAUGGCAGAAUUCAGGAACAAUGGAACAGAAGUUGAUAAUACUCCAGAAUGUAGCAAAACGUCAAGGUACACUCGCAGAGAAGUUUCAAAAGAAGUGAAGCAAGAUCAAGAUACAUGGUGUCGUCUUUGCAAAAAUAAUGGUUCCUUAAAUUAUAGGAGCCAUCAACUGAAGGACAAUGAGGGCAAAAUUGUUUGUCCAGUGCUGCAAAUGUAUGUGUGCCCAAUUUGUGGGGCAACUGGACCUGAUUCCCAUACUGAAAAUUAUUGCCCAUGGAAUGUGAAUCGUAUGGCUGUGCCACUGAUGAAUGUGCUGAAAUCUGGCAGAAAAGCAACUGGUAAAUUUGGUGGAAGGAGAAAAAUUCUUUGAGUUUUUAAAAACUGACUAUGUUGUGUUUGUUCAAUUGUGCUUGAUGUCAUGUUAAUUUUUAAUGUAUAUCAAAAAUGAAGCCUCCUACAUUUAAUUCAUUAAUGACAAUGCGGAUUUUUAACAUUGUGGACAGUAUGUAUCCUAAUUUUGACAUUUUGUGCAAGUUAUUUUACUGAGAGAAGUGCUGGUUUUCAUUGAAUUAUUAGUAUGCAGCAGAUGUGAAAAGAUGGAUUGUUUUUACUGUUAUGCAGCUGUCUGCUAAUACUUCUCAAAUUACACUGAUAGGCAUGAAAAACACAACACUUCAAUUACUUAAAAAAAGGUUUUAAUUUUUAUUUUAAAUUCCUGUCACUUUAUGACACUGUACUAUUGUAUGAUAAAAUAUUGUGGCAUAGCCCUAUCUUAACACUGAAAAAAGACAAUUAUAAACACAUUAAGCCAGUGAUGUGGAAGUUACAUGAAUGAGUUCACACUACAAGCAAAUUUUGAGGAACCUCAUGAUGGCAGUUCUCUUCUCAUUUGGUUUUCUACACUUCACAGACUAUUCUUCACAUCUUCAAAUACUUUCUGGUGAGUUCUGGACCUGUAGCAGGUCUUGGAUGGAAGCAUGGCUUCUUCCAGCCUUCUUCGGACACUUCUCUCACUAACAUUGAUGCCUUACUUUCGGUGUGUUAAUGGAGGUGGUUUGAUGGUUGUGGGGAACUUUGUUGUAAGAAUUGGUUCUCACUUUUCAGUGUUACUCUUCUCAGACCUGAUACUGAUGUAUUUGUGUGGCCUUUGUUACCCUAAUCCUUCUUGUGGUUUUGGAAGUCAUUGUGGGUGUAGUCUCAACACUUUUGCAACGUAAUGCAUGCUCUGUCCUCUUGCAACAAAUCAACAGCUUUUGCAGCAACCUCAGGGAUUAAGAGCUUGCUUGCUCCAGAAAACUGAUUAUGAUAAUCACAGAAAGAUCUUACAAAGAUGUACAAGUAAAAAUAUAACAUUAUAGUGAUACAAAAAUACACACAUCAUCAAAAAUUUUUGCGUCACCUCAGUUUCGAGAGUUCCGGUACCUGUACAGAAAAUUGGAAUAGAGAUCAACAUAAACAUCAUUCCCACCCUUUUUACUGCUCAUGGGAACCACACAUUGCAUCUUGUACCACCAUACAGCAAGACCUUGAGAUGGUGGUCCAGAUUGCUGUACACAGGAGUACCUCUAAUACUCAGUAGCAUGUCUUUUUGCAUUGAUGUAUGCCUAUAUUCAUCAUAACAUACUAUCGACAAGUUCAUCAAGGUACUGUUAGUCCAGAUUGUCCCACUCCUCAAGGACGAUUCGGCGAAGACCCCUCAGAGUGGUUGGUGGGUCACAUCAUCCAUAAACAGCCCUUUUCAAUCUAUCACAGGCAUGUUCAGUAGGGUUUAUGUGUAGAGAAGAUGCUGGCCACUCUAGUCCAGUGAUGUCAUUAUCCUGAAGGAAGUAAUUCACAAAAUGUGCAUGAUGGGGGCAUGAAUUGUUGUCCAUGAAAAUGAAUUCCUCCCCAGUAUGCUGCUGAUAUGGUUGCUAUGUUGGCCUCACAUAGUACCACUCCAAACCAGCAGGGAGCCUCCACCUUGCUGCACUCACUGGACAGUGUGUAAGGCAUUCAGUCUGACCGGGUUGCCUUCAAACACGUGUCCGACGAUUAUCUGGUUGAAGGCAUAUGUGACACUCACCGGUGAAGAGAACAUGAUGUCAAUCCUGAGCGGUCCAUUUAGCAUUUUGUUGGGCGCAUCUGUACCAUGCUGCAAUGUGUCAUGGUUGCAAAGAUGGAUCUCGCCCUGGAUGUCGGGAGUGAAGUUGUGCAUCGUGCAGCUAUUGUGCACAGUUUGAGUUGUAACAUGGCGUCCUGUGGUUGUGUGAAAAUCAUUAUUCAACAUGGUGGCACUGUUGUCAGGGUUCCUCUUGAGCCAAACUACAUAGGUAGUGGUCAUCCACUGCAGUAGUAGCCCUUGGGCAGCCUGAGUGAGGCAUGUCAUUGGAAGUUCCUGUCUCUCUUCCAUGUACGAAUAAUGGCGCUUUGGUUCACUCCGAGAUGCCUGGAAGCUUCCCUUGUUCAGAGCCCUUCCUGGCACAAAGUAAAAAUGCGGAUGCGAUUGAGCCACAUUAUUGACCGUGUAGGCAUGGCUGAACUACAGACAACACAAGCAGUGUACCUCCUUCCUGGUGGAAUGACUGGAACUGAUCAGACGUUGGAUCCCUCUGUCUAAUAGGUGCUGCUCAUAAAUGGUUGUUUACAUCUUUGGGCAGAUUUAGUGAUAUAUCUGAGCAGUCAAAGGGACAGUGUCUGUGAUACAAUAUCCACAUCUAUCUAUCUUCAGGAGUUCUGGGAACUGGGGUGAUGUAAAACGUUUUUGAUGUGUGUAAGUGCCAAAAGUUGAGGAAAAAAUUAUUGCCUCACAUCUAAUGAUGUGUUUUUCAGGUUUCAUGGUAAAAAUCAGAUAAGGCUUGUGCAAUAAACACUCAAUGAUUCAUUGUUUACUCGCAAAGCAAUGUCAAUGACAUACACCAUCUAAAAACAUAGGAUAAAGUGCUACACUUUGAUUAAUAGAUUAAUAGGUAAGUGCACAUCAAUUGUUCCAUGCUGUGUUUUCUGUGCUGUU